UAGCCUGUGCCUGAUCUGUCCUCGCCGGUCAGCAAGGAACCGAGUCCUGGGCCCUCCGUGCUUCUCGCGGGACUCUUCGGUCCGGGCGACCACUGUGAGGGCGGCGGGCUCGCGCCCCCGUCGCCCCGCGCCCGAGGAGAAGGGCGGCUGGCGCCGAGCGGCCCUGGCGCGCGCUCACCGAGCUCCCCACACCGCCCUCUGUCCCGCGGCCGCGGCGCCUUGAGCUUUGGGCGAGUUUUUACGCGGGGAAACAGGCCCGGCGUGCGACAGUCAGCCGAGGUCGCCUCGCCCGGCGGAGGUGUGGGCGACAGGAGAUCAUGGCGACGGCGCCGCAGUUGGUCCAGGCUCAGGACUGUGUAACCUUCGAGGAUGUGUUCGUGUACUUCUCCCAGGAGGAGUGGGAACUCCUCAAGGAGGCACAGAGAUUCCUGUACCGAGAUGUGAUGCUGGAGAACUUUGCGCUUGUGGCCACAGUGGGUUGUUGGUGUGGAACAGAGGAUGAGAACGUACCUUGUGAGCAGAGUUUUUCUGCAAGAGUGUCACAGGUCAGGACUCCUGAGUCAGGUCCAUUCAUCCAGAAAGCCCAUCCAUAUGAAAUGUGUGACCCAUUCUUGAGAGACAUUUUGCAACUGGCUGAACACCAUGGAUCCCAUCCUGUGCAGAAACCAUAUACAUGUGGGCCAUGUGAGAGAGAAUUCUCAUCUAGUACAAAGUUUUACCAGCUCAAGAAGCAACACAAUAGAGAGAAUCCCUUUGGAGGGGAUGCUGGCGAGACCUCAUUUGUGAAGAGCUGCACAGUUCAUAUGUUAGGGAGACCCUUUAUGCAUAGGGAAGAGAGCAUGGGCUUGCCAGAUGGCUCUAGCCUCCACCAAUGCCAGACCACACACAGUGAGGUAAGUCCAUGCAAAAGGACUGAGUACAUAGAGUCUUUUCUAUAUACCUCCAGUCUCAAGCAACAUCCAGAAGACCAUGAUGGACAGAUGCUAUUUAGUUACAGUGACAAUUCACAAGCCUUCCUGAGCACCUUUUCUCUCUUUGACAACCAGGUAACUCACCCUGAGGUGAGACCCUUUAGAUGCCUGCCAUCUGGCAGUGUGUUCAAAGAGAAAUCAGCUUUUAUUAAUCAUAGAAAAAUUCACAAUGGAGAAACGUCUCAUGUGUGUAAGGAGUGUGGAAAGGCCUUCAUUAAUAUGACCCACCUAAAAAUCCACCAGAAAUUUCACAUUGGAAAAAGACAUUAUACAUGCAGCGAAUGUGGGAAGGCCUUCAGCCGCAAAGACACACUUGUACAGCACCAGAGGGUUCACACUGGAGAAAGGUCUUAUGACUGCAGCGAAUGUGGGAAAGCCUACAGCAGAAGCUCCCACCUUGUUCAGCACCAGAGAAUUCAUACUGGAGAAAGGCCUUUUAAGUGCAGUGACUGUGGGAAGGCCUUCAGCCGUAAAGACACGCUUGUACAGCACCAGAGAUUUCAUACUGGAGAAAGGCCUUAUGAGUGCAGUGAGUGUGGGAAAUUCUUUAGCCAGAGCUCCCACCUUAUUGAGCAUUGGAGAAUUCAUACUGGAGCAAGGCCUUAUGAAUGCAUUGAAUGUGGGAAAUUCUUUAGCCAUAACUCCAGCCUCAUUAAGCAUCGGAGAGUCCACACAGGAGCAAGGUCUUAUGUGUGCAGCAAAUGUGGGAAAGCCUUCAGCUGCAAAGACACACUUGUUCAGCACCAGAUAAUUCACACUGGAGCAAGACCUUAUGGGUGUAGUGAAUGUGGGAAGGCCUUUAGCCGUAAAGACACACUUGUGCAGCAUCAAAAAAUCCACACUGGAGAAAGGCCUUAUGAAUGUGGUGAAUGUGGAAAAUUCUUCAGCCAUAGCUCCAACCUUAUUGUACACCAGAGAAUUCACACUGGAGCAAAGCCUUAUGAGUGUAGUGAAUGUGGGAAAUGUUUUAGCCACAACUCCAGUCUCAUUCUACACCAGAGAGUUCACACUGGAGCAAGGCCUUAUGUGUGCAGUGAAUGUGGAAAAGCCUAUAUUAGUAGUUCCCAUCUUGUUCAACACAAGAAAGUCCACACUGGAGCAAGACCUUAUGAGUGCAGCGAAUGUGGGAAAUUCUUUAGCCGUAAUUCUAGCCUCAUUCUACACCAGAGGGUUCACACUGGUGAAAAGCCUUAUGUAUGCAGUGAGUGUGGGAAAGCCUAUAGCAGAAGCUCCCAUCUUGUUCGACACCAGAAAGUUCACACUGGAGAAAGGGCUUAUAAGUGCAGUAGUUUUGAUGACCCUUUAACCACAUCUCUUAAACUUAUUUAGUGCCAGAAAAUUAUACUAGCAAAAAGCCUUAUAAGUGCACCAAAUGUGCUUUUCGUUCAACAUAAUAGGACUUAUAUCAGAGAAAAGCUUUGUGAGAAAACCAUCAGCCAACAGAUGAACCUCAUGCAUUCAUAUAUCUACCCUGGGGAGAUUUGCAAUAAGCACUGUGUACAUUUGGAGCUGUUCGAGGUACUUUGUGCUUUCCAGGGCUCAUGACAGAGUUACAUCACUGCCAAUGCAUGUGGUGGAAGCCAUUUUAGUACCAGCUGUGUGUGCCAGUCACUUCACUAUGCUCAGGGAAGGCAGAGCUCUAUGCUCCUGCUCCUAUUUUCUGUGGGAAAUCCUAAGCAUUCUGAGCCCACUGGAGUUCUCAUAUCUUCUCUCAUGAUUAGGUUCUUAAUGGACAUGAUCAAACUCUGGCCAGAAGGACGUCAGCUAGAGUCUGCUUGGAAUUGCUAUAUAAGGUUUCCCUUCUUCAUGGACAGUGUUGACCAUUGACCUAAUAGCCAUGACUUAAUUCCCAAAUUAUCCAACUUUGGAAUUUCUUAUCCAAUGCUGUUAUGGUUUAUACAGUGAUAAAGACCUCCUGUGGCAGUCUUGACUUGUAGGUUCUGUCUGUGUAAAGUGGAUUAAAGAAAGAAUUUUUGCCAGCAUGAAGAGGGCAACACCUUUUAUGGGCACCACUUUUACGUUCCUCAGAGGGGACCAUAGGAUGACAGAGAAUAGUACUCAGUCUAGUUUGACAUAAUUUUGCACUGUACCCUAGUUCUGCUGAGGAGACUUUUUUUUUUUUGAGAGGUUUUUUUCACUAU